CGAAAGGCGUUCAUUUCGCAAAGGGAAGGAGGGAACCGUUAAGCUUAAAAAGCCCACCCCUCAUUUCCCCCAAUUAGCCUCACCAUUCAGUUCUCCGCCCCCACCAUCAAAAUAGGCCGGCUCUUUUGUAGCUCGGCCUCUCAUUUCCCCGUUCGUCCUCCGCCGCCCGCCGGUGAGGAGAGAGUCGUAUCUGAAACGACGUAGGACGAAGAGAGAGAGAGAGGGAGAGAAACUGACCCUCCUUUUUUCCAGCUCCAAAAAGGAAACUCAAAGUAGCAAAAAUGGGUGCUGGAGGGAGAAUGAACGUUCCCAAGACAACAGCAGAAAAGAGGACUAAAUCUGAAGCUGAUGUCCUCAAAAGGGUCCCAUAUUCUAAGCCUCCAUUCACAGUUGGAGAAAUCAAAAAGGCCAUCCCGCCUCAUUGUUUCAAGCGUUCUGUUCUUCAUUCUUUCUCCUAUGUGGUUUAUGACCUCGCAAUCGCCUCUAUUUUCUACUACAUUGCAACAACCUUCAUUCCUCUUCUGCCUCAUCCUAGCUUAGCUUAUCUUGCUUGGCCACUUUACUGGAUUUGCCAAGGCUGCAUUUUGACAGGUGUUUGGGUUGUAGCCCAUGAAUGUGGUCAUCACGCCUUCAGUGAUUACCAAUGGCUCGAUGACACCGUUGGGCUAAUCCUCCAUUCGGCUCUCCUUGUCCCGUAUUUCUCGUGGAAAUACAGCCAUCGCCGUCACCACUCGAAUACUGGUUCCCUGGAGCGUGAUGAGGUAUUUGUGCCGAAACGCAAAUCUGAUCUCCGCUGGUCUGCAAAGCUUCUCAACAAUCCACCUGGAAGGGUUCUUACCCUCGUAGUGCAGUUAACCCUAGGUUGGCCAUUGUACUUAAUGUUCAACGUGUCUGGCCGGCCUUAUGAUCGUUUUGCCUGCCAUUACGACCCUAAAGCACCUAUCUACAAUGAUCGGGAGAGGCUCCAAAUCCUUGUUUCUGAUGCUGGUGUUCUUGCUGCUUCAUACGUGUUGUACCGGCUGGUGGCUGCCAAGGGACUUGCUUGGGCAUUCUGUGUUUAUUUUGGUCCAUUGCUUGUGGUGAAUGGAUUCUUGGUGUUGAUCACUUACUUGCAGCACACCCAUCCUUCAUUGCCUCAUUAUGAUUCCUCUGAAUGGGAUUGGUUGAGGGGCGCAUUGGCGACAGUGGACCGCGAUUAUGGGAUCCUUAACAAGGUUUUCCAUAACAUCACUGACACUCAUGUUACUCAUCAUUUGUUCUCAACCAUGCCACAUUAUCAUGCAAUGGAGGCUACCAAGGCAAUCAAGCCAAUUUUGGGAGAGUACUACCAGUUUGAUUCGACGCCAAUUUUUAAGGCAAUGUGGAGGGAAGUUAAGGAAUGUAUUUAUGUUGAGUCUGAGGAAGGCGACCAGAACAAAGGUGUUUUCUGGUACAAAAACAAGCUGUAGGGUGGGUAGAAAAACUGAUUUGACUCUGUAUUGUUGCACAAAGUAAGGUGCAGGUCAGCCAAGGUGGGGAAGAGAUUUGUUCUCUAAAUUUUUCUUGAUCUGUGUUGGUUGGGUGGAAAACUGUGUUGAUUUUCCAUGUAGUGUUUUCUAGGGUUGAUGUUGUUUCUUUCGUGUUUCUAGUCCUAUCGAACAUUCGGUUUCAAUUGAGUUGGAACAAUUUCCAUAACUGGUGAAAUGCUUCUCAUAACUGGCCUGAAUCCUGCUAUUCUUUCUGUUGGUGUGCAAAAGGGAUUUUAAUAACU